AUGUCAACAACAGGCACAAUGGGCGAAAUGGCAAACAGCACAGUGGAGUUCUACCCCAAAGGGACUCGAGGAGGAGGAAGGGAGGACGGCAACCGUGGUGGAGGAGACUUUGGGGUCACGUUGAAGGAGUUGAGGGAGCUGAUGGAGCUCAGGGGGGGCGAGGCCAUGCAAAAGAUCCAGGAUAGCUACGGAGACACGGAGGGACUCUGCCAAAGACUACAGUCCAGCACUACUGACGGUCUCAGCGGGGAUCCAACUGACUUGGAGCGUCGCUGUCAGACCUUUGGCCAAAAUUUCAUCCCCCCAAAGAAGCCCAAGACUUUUCUUGAGCUUGUGUGGGAGGCCCUACAAGAUGUCACACUCAUCAUUUUGGAGAUUGCUGCAAUCAUCUCCCUCGCCCUUUCUUUCUACCAGCCUCCUGGAGAGGAUUCAGAGCUGUGUGGCAAUGUGGCGGCAGGAGCAGAGGAUGAAGGCGAGGGGGAGGCCAAUUGGAUCGAGGGUGCCGCCAUUCUACUUUCCGUGGCAUGUGUCGUCCUGGUGACGGCGUUUAAUGACUGGUCCAAGGAGAAGCAGUUCCGGGGUCUACAGAGUCGAAUCGAGCAGGAACAAAAAUUCACGGUAGUACGGAAAGGAAAUGUCAUCCAGAUUCCUGUGGCUGACAUGGUGGUGGGAGACAUGGCGCAGGUCAAAUACGGGGACCUUCUGCCAGCCGAUGGUAUUUUAAUUCAAGGGAAUGAUCUGAAGAUAGAUGAGAGCUCUCUAACAGGAGAGUCGGACCAUGUACGCAAGUCUGUGGAGAAGGACCCCAUGUUGCUCUCAGGUACUCAUGUGAUGGAGGGUUCAGGCCGCAUGCUGGUAACGGCUGUUGGUGUCAACUCACAAACGGGCAUCAUCUUCACUCUGCUGGGGGCUGGAGAAGUGGAGGAAGAUGGGAAAGAAAAAAAAGGAAAACAACCUGAUGGCACAGUGGAGAACAACCAGAACAAAGCUAAGAAGCAGGACGGUGGUGUCGCCAUGGAGAUGCAACCCCUAAAAAGCGCUGAGGGUGGGGAAGUAGAGGACAGAGAGAAGAAGAAGACCAAUGUACCCAAGAAGGAAAAGAGUGUCUUGCAGGGCAAACUCACCAAACUUGCAGUUCAAAUUGGAAAAGCAGGUUUGGUGAUGUCCGCAAUCACUGUCAUCAUCUUGGUGCUCUACUUCGUCAUUGAUACCUUUGUUGUUGAAGGUCAUGCAUGGGUAACGGAAUGCACACCCGUCUACAUCCAAUACUUUGUCAAGUUUUUCAUCAUUGGAGUCACUGUAUUGGUGGUGGCGGUCCCUGAAGGUUUACCUCUUGCUGUUACCAUCUCAUUGGCGUACUCUGUCAAGAAAAUGAUGAAAGACAACAACCUGGUUCGCCACCUGGAUGCAUGUGAGACCAUGGGCAACGCUACAGCCAUCUGCUCGGACAAGACAGGCACGCUCACCACCAACCGAAUGACUGUUGUACAGGCCUACGUAGGUGAUGUGCACCACCGUUUGAUCCCAGAUCCUGGACAGGUUAACCCUCGGACAUUGGAUCUAUUAGUCCACGCCAUCUCCAUCAACAGUGCCUACACCUCCAAGAUCUUACCACCAGAUGUGGAGGGAGGUCUGGCAAAGCAGGUAGGCAACAAGACAGAGUGCGGCCUGCUAGGAUUUGUCUUAGACCUCCAACAAGACUAUACUCCUGUCAGAGAGCAAAUCCCCGAGGAGAGACUAUACAAGGUGUACACCUUUAACUCUGUACGUAAAUCCAUGAGCACGGUGAUAAAGCUACCAGAUGGUUCCUUCCGUCUCUACAGCAAGGGAGCCUCUGAAAUCAUGCUGAAAAAGUGUUCUUACAUUUUAGAUGCCAAUGGAGAACCACGUAGUUUCCGCCCAAGGGACCGAGAUGAGAUGGUCAAACAGGUGAUCGAGCCAAUGGCAUGUGAGGGCCUGAGGACCAUAUGCAUCGCUUAUCGUGACCUGCCCUCCAAUCCAGAACCCGACUGGGAAAACGAGGCCGAAAUAGUGACAGAGUUGACGUGUAUCACCGUGGUCGGAAUUGAGGAUCCAGUAAGACCUGAGGUACCCGAGGCUAUCCGAAAGUGUCAGCGUGCGGGCAUCACUGUGCGGAUGGUGACUGGUGAUAACAUUAACACAGCCAGGGCCAUCGCUGCCAAAUGUGGAAUCAUCCACCCCGGGGAUGACUUUAUCUGUCUGGAGGGCAAAGACUUCAACCGACGAAUCAGGAACGAGAAAGGAGAGAUCGAACAGGAGCGAAUUGAUAAAAUCUGGCCCAAACUGCGUGUGUUGGCUCGGUCUUCACCAACAGACAAGCAUACUCUUGUCAAAGGCAUUAUUGACAGUAGUAUUGUAGAACAGAGGCAGGUGGUCGCAGUAACAGGAGAUGGAACCAAUGACGGACCGGCUUUGAAGAAGGCUGAUGUUGGCUUUGCUAUGGGCAUUGCUGGGACAGACGUGGCCAAAGAAGCAUCUGACAUCAUCUUGACUGACGACAACUUCAGCAGCAUUGUCAAGGCGGUGAUGUGGGGACGAAACGUCUACGACAGCAUUUCCAAGUUCCUGCAGUUCCAGCUCACUGUGAAUGUAGUGGCUGUCAUCGUAGCCUUCACCGGCGCCUGUAUCACUCAGGACUCUCCUCUGAAGGCGGUGCAGAUGCUGUGGGUGAACCUCAUCAUGGACACGUUUGCCUCUCUGGCCCUGGCCACCGAGCCCCCCACUGAGGCGCUGUUGCUACGGAAACCCUACGGUCGCAACAACCCGCUCAUUUCCCUUACCAUGAUGAAAAACAUCCUGGGUCAUGGAGUUUACCAGCUGGUCAUCAUCUUCACCCUGCUUUUUAUUGGCGAGCACAUGUUUAACAUCGACAGCGGUCGAAACGCUCCGCUCCACUCGCCUCCGUCCGAGCACUACACCAUCAUCUUCAACACCUUUGUCCUCAUGCAGCUGUUCAAUGAGAUCAACGCACGUAAAAUCCACGGGGAGAGAAACGUCUUUGAUGGCAUAUUUUCCAACCCUAUCUUCUGCUCCAUUGUUCUGGGAACCUUCGCAGUUCAGAUUGUGAUUGUGCAGUGGGGAGGCAAGCCAUUCAGUUGUGCUCCACUCAACGUGGAACAGUGGCUCUGGUGUCUGUUUGUGGGUGUUGGAGAGUUGCUUUGGGGUCAGGUGAUUGCGACUGUCCCGGCGGAGCGGUUGCCGUGCCUGAAGGAAGCGGGUCUCGGUCUGGAGCCCGGAGAAGAAGAAGGGGAGGAGCUAGCAGAGGACGAAGAGGAAAUUGACUGCGCUGAGAGAGAGCUACGUCGUGGACAGAUCCUCUGGUUCCGAGGCCUCAAUCGCAUCCAGACUCAGAUGCGAGUGGUGAAAGCAUUCCGUAGUUCGCUGUACGAAGGCCGGGAGAAACCAGAAUCCCGCAACUCCAUCCACAACUUCAUGGCCCACCCGGAGUUCCUCAUCAAUGACCUCAUCCACAACAUCCCGCUGAUCGAUGACACCGAUGUGGACGACGAAUCAGAACUCAGCAGAUAUCAGCACGUGCACCCGGCCCUUCGCAAGCCGCCGCCCCCUCCCACUCAGCCCACGGCCCGCACUCGUCCCACCCGUCCGUACCGCCAGUAUAGCCUCCCAGUGACCCAUUGCAACCGAAAUAACAACAACAGCAGCAGCAGCAGCAGCAACGCUUCAUCCAUUGCCCACAAACACAACAUCAACACCGUAACCCCUUGCAACCAAAUGCCCAGUCAUCACUACCAUCAACACUGCAACAACCAUCAUAGCAGGGACCGGCUGGGGAGAGACCCAACCCCUCACCUUGCCCACCUCUACUGUGUGGAGACCACCUUAUAA